CCAUUGCAAGCUCAUCUUUGAUCAGCCAGUCAAUCUAGUUUUAUCCACAAUUUACUUGCAACUCUAUUCCAGGUAAAGCCAGGCAAACUUGAGCACCAAACUGAUAAAUGGAACCAGAUGCAAGGGUAGAAAAUUUUUAAACCUCAACAAAGAAAAUUUUUCAGUGAAAAGUUUUUCUCUUUUGCAAAAGAAUAAAGUUUCUACCUUUUUCCUUCCAAAUGAUUUGAACUGCAAGUAAUUGGAUUAAGAUUGGGUUUCAAGUGAAAAUUAUUUGCAAAUUCAUUUGUUCAUCAUUCAUCUCCAUUAACAUCAACCUAAUCACUUCGAAAGAAUAUUGAAAUCAGAGUUUUCAAGAGAAGAAUUUUUUUCCUCAAUUUCGUCGCCUUAACUUUUAUAAUUUGUUUUGUCGCGUCAUUAUCGUCCAUCAUCAUCACCAUCAUCAUCAUCAUCACCAUCAUCAUCAUCAUCAUCUUGAUAUUUUUCAUUUAAAUGUCACACUUUUAAAUUAUCUCUUUUCAUAAUGUUUCACUGCAAUCUUGCCAUCAUCUCAUCAACCACCAACCAUGAUGAUUAUCGUGAAAAUGCAAGUUACCUUUGGAAUAGUUUGGUUAAAAUGUUGAAAAAUUUUCCACUUUACUCUCGUUGACCUGUGACAAAAAAAAGGUUGACUUUUCUCUGUGAGUUCUCAGUUUAAUUUUUGGAGAAAAAAAAGUUUCAUUUUCCUUUGUAAUGGAAACUUGUGACAAAACUUUGAUUAAACUUGUCCAGUUUAUUGGCAACAAUACAUCUCAACCUUCACCCGUUUCGUACAAGAUAUUUUGCCCUUGCCUUUUGGUUGCCGGUUUAAUCAGCAUUUUACUCAAUGGUUUACUUGUUUUUGUACGCAACACUAGACGUCUACGGACCAGUCCAAUGCUCAUCUUAUCACUCAACUUGGCCACAACCGAUGGAAUCGCCUCUUUCUUUACCUUUAUCGGAAUCUUAAACAUUUACCUUGGAGUUGUUUUCGACAUUCGAGUUCAUACCUGUUGGGUUCUCAUCCUCGAAGUUUUACGUCUCUCUUCAUUUUUCGCCUCAGUUUUGCACCUUUUAGCUUUAACCUGGCUUCACUAUCAAGCAAUAACCAAUCCACUCCAACACAGAACUCAAAGUGUAUUCCAGAAUCCAAAGGCAGUCCAUGGUUUAUCUGCUUCUUGCUGGAUAAUUUCAUUGACUUUUUUCACUGGCUAUUUUUGGUCAAUACCUUGUCAAGGUUUUCGUGCUCGCAAUUGUCCUCAUUUAUUUCUCUAUUUUUGGAAGUUUCGUUUCACGAUAUUAAUCUGCUUUUCAACUCCCCUGUUUCUCAUGUUUCUUGCCUAUUGUCGCAUCUUUCAUGAACUCUUUUUCACCUCCAACAUUCAUCGAUCUCUGAAACGAUUUGAUGGAGCCUCAAUCAGCACUUCUACUGGAACCUCGUCAAGAAUUACUGGGGACAAUAGGUCACAAUACAGGCGAACCACUGUUACUUCGUUGAUCAUUGUCGGCACGUAUCUCAUCUGCUGGAUGCCCAACAUUAUCUGGUUGGCUCUUUCGUGUACUGAUGGCUGUCCUUAUCCCUUGUCCCGUCAACCUCCAAACGUACGAAUGGUUCUUGGUUUCAUUACCAACUCUUUGGUAGUCAUUAAAGCAAUUGUAGAUCCAUUCAUCUACAGUUACAGAAUGAAGGAAGUUAAAUAUGCUAUUAAAUCAGUUUUCAUGUUGACUGAAACAAAUGGUUCUUAUAUAAGACGACAGAGUCCCCAUUGUCCGUCCAUUGGACAAAGUAACGGUGCCGUUGCAACUGCAACAAUAGUAUCUGGUUCUGCUCGUGAACAUUAUUUGUAAAUAUUGUCGAUGUUAAUUUUCAAGCUCUUUACAAGGAGACAAUUUCAACAAAAGUAUCAAUCUUUUGUAACUUUAUGCUUUGAGCAAAAUAAAUUUAUUUUAUUGCCUUUAA